GCCAUGCCCGCUGGCGUCCCCUGGCCCUUCUACCUGCGGGCGCUGGCGGCCAGCAUGCUGGCCAUGUUCGCGGGGUCCGAGGUCGUGCACAGGUACUACAGGCCUGACCUUAGCAUACCUGAAAUACCUCCUAAGCCUGGAGAACUGAGAACAGAACUGUUGGGUCUAAAAGAAGGAUCAAGCGAAGUUCAGACUUCACAACAGUGACUAAAGUUUAUUUUCAUUGUGAAAACUAGAACUGAUAAAAUAUUUAUCCAACUCUUUAAGUUGCAGAAAUACAUAUGUGAAAUACUGUACUCCUGUAA